GAGCUUCCCUGGUGAAAAGUUCUGCACAGCAGCCAGAAACUAUUGUGAAAGAAAUGCCAGCUAGUGUCCUCUACAAAAACUGUUCGUGUAUUUCACUCUAUAAAGUAACGGGUGGUAGGAGUGAGAUUUCCCUGCUGCUCUGAAAAAACACUAUGCCAGCCUGCAGGUGCUGAAUGGUCCCAGCCUGGAAGAAGGUAAACACGGCUACGUGCACACUGGGAGGGAAAGGUUUGCCAUUUUCAUGCUGCUUGGCACAUUUCACUGAAUAAGAGUCUAAUCUUCAAAUGCUGACCUAAAUGUUAUUUUAUAUUCUGCAAGUUUUCCUGAUUGCUAAUGAACUCAAGUAUCCGUGGCAGUCUACAGGGGGAGCAAUGACGAAGCAGCUGCUUUAUUUCCUGCCUUAAGAGGAGCAGUGUGUCUGCAUUUGCCAGCUCGCUGUUUAUUUUCAGACCAACGCAUCAGAGGAAGCCAUAUUCCAGCAGACGAGCUGAACAUUUUUAGAAACCUCAGCAGAAUUGCAGUAAAUGUUCGACUUGGAAAUAAUUUUGAUUUUUUAUUUUUAGUAAAACUAAAUUUCAGGAAUGUGCUAAAACAGCGAACAGCAUAGAUGUGACCUAAGGAUUUGCAUUAGUUACAAGUCCUUUCUCCCUUUCUUGUUUCUCCCCUUUUACAGCUCCUUCUGAAGAAAAAUGACCAAAAAAGGGGAAAUGGAAGAACACAUUAUUUCUGCUACGAGUGGUUUCUGAAAAAAAACAAAGCCCUUUUAGGGAUCUUUGCACGCUUGCUUGUACUUUCCACCGGGGCAGGCUGGCGCUGAACUCAGGGCACGGAGCCUGCACGCUCUGCCAGGUGUGAGCACGGCAGCGCCGUGCACGCCGAGCUUCCGAAUCAGCGCUGCGUGCUCGCUCCUCGCACUCGGGGAUUCCCCUCCUUCCCGGCUCGGAGGAGGGGCAGGGCCCGGCCGCUGCCAGGACCGAGCGAAAUGCCGGCGGGAGCCGCGCUGCGGCUGCGAGGGAGGAGGAGGGCGGGAGGAGGAGGAGGAGUUGAGGAGCCCGGGCCCGGGAGCCUCCCCGCUUACCGCACUAGGAAGUGACGCUUUCCCUGAGUCCCGGAGAGAAAGAAACAAAGUUUUUUGGUGGUUUUUUUUUUUUUUUCCGCUUUUUCUCUUUCUCGGUGGUCUUUCCUUCCGUGUUUACCCUUUGCAAUCUGCAGCCUCGGAGGCGCCCGCCGUACCUCGCAGCGCAGUGUAAAAGCAAUGCAGAGUAUCAUAACACCUCAGUAUAUCUGGAGAAAAGACACAUUAUCUUCUGGGAAUUAUGGUAUCAGAACUGGCACUGUGCUUUGUUUGAAGGACCUACAAUUAAAUGGACCCUACUGAUCUGUGAACAACGAAGAAUAACAGUGAAAAGAAGUGUGAGAAGCACACAAAGAAAAAGGAAGUGGAGGCACUUUCAUCGGGACUUCUUUCCUGCCCUUUAUUACUAAUACUGAAUGGAAAAGAGAGAUUUAUGUGCCUUUUCUCCCCCAGUCUCAGGGAUGGGUGUAUUAUAAAUACGGUGUGUGCAGUUGGAAGAAUAGACUGAAUCAUGAAUCUUCAGGCUCAGCAAAAGUCUUCAACCAAAAGGACUGGGAAACGAAUGACUUAUUUUAAUGAGCAAGAUGUAACUGUGUCAUCCAAAGAGCCACAGCAGCAGCUUAAAGAAGGACAGUAUUAUGGUCAUGGAGGAAAUAUUCCAGCCUCCCAAACUAUGGAAAUUCCUCACACGGCAGGAUUAACAAGUGCCCCCAGCAAUGUUGCUUUGAUGAACUCGGUUUACAGUCAAGACAGGGGAGAAUCAGUGAUGAUGUCCCAGCCAGUAACAGCUGUCAAAUGGCAGAAUUCUCUAAUGGGAAACAGGUUGCCAGAGAGAGGUGAUGCCCACUGGCAAUCUCCAUCUGCAAUGUGGAACCACAGUAUGGUUUUUGGAAGCAAUCCAAAAGGACCCCACGCCAAUGCAGGUGCCCCAGGCUUCUAUGGUCACCCAGAAGCUCUUAAAAGAAAUCAAGAGAAAGGAGUAUUUGUGUCUCAGAUGGAUUUGUAUGAAGAUGCAGUCCAACAAAUGAUGUCCCAGAAGGCUCAGCUGGAGCAGCAGGCUCUGGUUAGACAGCAAGCACAAAUGAAUUCCUUUCAUCAGAUGCAGAAACAGCAGCAGCAGAAUCAAAGUCUUCCAUUACAGCCUUUUCAGCUUGCAUUUGGUCACCAAGGCCAGAAGCAAGGACUUCCUGAAUUAUUGCAUGUCUUUCAAGAAGCCCCAGCUUCUUCCACUCCAGCAUUUACUGCUCAACAAAAACAGCAAGCUCUUCCCCAGCUACAACUGUUUGAAAAUUUCUAUCCUCAGCAGCAGCAACAGGCUGCCACACAAGCUUUUGGUCUACAGCAAACUACUUCCAUAGCACAGCCUCAUGUUGCAGCUGCAGCACCUCAGCAUCACAUGAUGGCACACCAGUUUCAGCAAACAGAGAGAAACCAGGAACUAUUCAAGGCUCUAACAGAGCAGAACCAACAGACUGUUCUACCUCAGACCCAGAUUCCUUUUCCAAGAAGAUCACGGAGACUCUCCAAAGAAGGCGUCCUGAUGACAUCUACUGGAGAAGUGUUGGCUUCCAAGCAGGCAGAAGAACAAUCUGGCAAUUUAUUUCUCCAUCACUGGCAAGCGCAUCAGCAAGAGGUCCCAUUACAGCAGCCACUUGAAUCACUGACCCAUAACAAAAGUAGCUAUUCACAUCCCAAGAGAAUGGAUCAGGGGCAGAAGGAUGUCCUGGCCAACAGUGAACCAUGCCAGGUGGAAACAGGCAGGCACACCAUCGCUCAGAAUGGCAGAGAUGCAGAGAAACAGACAUUAGCAGCAGAAGAAAACACUUCAAGAACUAAUGACUUUCAGGGUGUUAGAGGUGGUGUAAUCCAGAGUACACGAAGGAGACGGCGUGUUUCUCAAGAAGCCAAUUUGCUAACUUUGGCCCAAAAAGCUGUUGAGCUGGCUUCUCUUCAGAAUGUCAAGGAAUCGGAUACUUCGGAAGAGAAGAAAAGCGUGCUGAUAGCAGCUCCAGGACCUACAGCUGCUAAAAGUGUUGUGGAAUUUGCCAGUUCUUCACCAGCUCCCAAAAAAGCCCGGGAGGAUAGCAGCCUUGUGCCUCUUAUCAUUCCUGUAUCUGUGCCAGUGAGAAAAAUUGACUUGCAAAACCUUGAAAAAGAGAAGUCUGAGGAUGGGAAAUUCCAGAGAGGCCAAACAAAUGAUCGAACUCCUUGUGAACGCAAGCCUUCUGUGAUAGUCACUCGGAGGCGAUCCAAUCGUAAUACUAACAUGGAAACCUCAAAUCAGCAUGAACAUGCUGUUCCAAAGGAUGAAGCAGAGGGCUUUGCCCGGAAACCAAAGCAGCGCCCAAGACCUGAGCCACUCUUCAUACCACCAAAAGCUGGCACCUUUAUUGCACCACCUGUUUAUUCUAAUAUUACACCGUAUCAGAGCCACUUACGGUCACCUGUCCGUCUGGCAGACCAUCCUUCUGAUAGGAACUUUGAACUACCUCCUUACACUCCUCCACCAAUUCUUAGUCCAGUGAGAGAAGGAUCUGGGCUAUAUUUUAAUGCUAUCCUCUCUUCAAGUGGUCAUCCGGUUCCACCUCCAAUGACUCCUAAAAGUGCUCACAGAACUCUGCUUAGAUCAAACAGUUCAGAGGUUACCCCUCCUGUUCUUUCUGUGGUGGGAGAAGCCACCCCAGUCAGCAUUGAACCGCGUAUAAAUGUAGGAACUCGCUUUCAAGCAGAAAUCCCUUCACUCCAAGACAGAUCUCUGGCAGCAGCUGAUGAACAUAAAGCAGAGCUGGUGUGGCAGCCAUGGGGUGACCUGGAAACCAACAGAGUCACCCAACAGAAUGUGGAAAGCCUGCUAGCUGCUGCCUGCUCAAGCAUUUUUCCUGGAGGUGGAACCAACCAGGAACUGGCACUGCAUUUCUUACAUGAAGAAAAGGGAAGCAUUCUGGGAGCUCUGACCAAGCUGCUAUUGAAGGGGCCAGUACGAUCACCUACUCAUCCUCUGGCAGAUUAUCACUACACAGGAUCAGACAGUUGGAAAGUUGCUGAAAAGAAGCUUUUCAACAAAGGCAUUGCAAUCUACAAGAAGGACUUUUUCUUAGUCCAAAAGCUGAUAAAAACCAAGACAGUGGCUCAGUGUGUGGAAUUCUACUACACAUAUAAGAAACAAGUGAAAAUUGGUCGGAAUGGGACCUUAAUUUUUGGGGACAUAGAUGUUGCUAAUGAGAAGUCUGUGCGAGAUGAAGCUGAAGUUGACAUCAAGAGUUCCCACAGGUUUGCACGUGUUCUUCCUCUCAGAAGGGACUUUUUCAGUGAAGAACAGGGGCACUUGGAAGAUGAAGAGGAGGAGGAAGAGGAGGCAGAGGAAGGGUUGGAUAACAGAAAGAAGAGUACACUCCUUCUCAAAGAUGAACAGACACUACAAGAUGAUUUCAUAGCCAAUGAUGCUAAUAUAAGAAGUCGAGAGGCAACUGUUACAGGCAGAAUUGGAAGAAGGCCGAGGGAGACGACCAUGAAACCUCGAAAGCUUAUUCCUGCUCCAGUGCAGAGGAGGCGGCGAAAACAGAAGAUAAAAUCAGACGUUGCCAGUAAAAUCCAGAACACAGAAAACACAUUUCCAUGUAAAAAGUGUGGCAGGGUGUUCUACAAGGUGAAGAGCCGUAGUGCUCACAUGAAGAGCCAUGCGGAGCAGGAGAAGAAGGCAGCUGCACUGAAGCAGCAAGAGAGAGAGGCGGCGGCAGCAGCAGCAGAGGCGGCAGCAGCAGCGGCCCACAGCCAGGCCCAGCAGGAAGAGAGCAGUGAGAGUGGGGGGAGCAGCAGUGGAAGCAGCAGUGGGAGCUCGGAUGAGGAUGGAGAAAUAUAGCAGCAAGCUAGAAAUGGAGGGAGUAGCAAGGCUGGACCUAUCACCCUCUCUGUGGUUUCACGUUUUUUGUUUGCACUUUUCUGACCUGAACCAUCAGGUCUCAGUUUCAGUGCUGCAGCCUCCUCAUGCCACAUGUUCCACUUCACCUUGCCAGUACUGACCAAACCAGAGUUGCAGACAAGAAGAUUUGUUUCAGCUUGGAUUU